AUGGCGUUGGCGGAAAUAAACCGGAAACCACAUUGGUGCUUCAAUCUCGCGGUGGAAACUAUAAACUCUAUUCCUCUGCGAGAGCAGAAACGAUUCUUUCUCAGCGCUUUCCGAGAGGUUCUGCGAAGAAGAGUUACAGCCACUGGUCCGUCUUCAUCAUUGUCAAGGCAGAAAACGGACAGUCUGCGAGACAUUCCUGACAACAUCAUGGGGAGCAAUAUUUAA